ACCCUGCCUGGAGGCGCAGCUUUUUAAUUUUGAGUUCAUCCUUCCUUCACUCGAAAGUCGAAAGCAAUCAAAAAAUCCAAACGGUCGUCGCCAAACACGCAGAGAGCAGUCUAGUGCCGGAAAAGUUCUCCAAAUCGGAACCAAUUUGUGACCCGCGGAACGCCGAGAUAAGUCAUAAUUUCGUCUAUCAAUCGAAGGCUGUUGUCUCCUUCGGGCGUGGGUGGGAAAAGAUCUAGCGGUUCGCGAACGGCUUUCAGUAAAGGCAGUCCUCCUCUGGAAAGGGUAAACAUGGAUGCCAGCAGUGGAGUGAAUACGAGCAACGGAAAACCGCUCAAAUGCAACCAAAAUGUUCAGGUUUAUCUGCGAGUCAGGCCUACCAAUGCGAGGGAGAAGUUGAUUCGUUCCCAGGAGGUGGUGGAAGUUGUUUCCACUCGGGAGGUGAUGUUGAAGCCCAUGUUGGUCGAUACCAGGAGUUCCAAGAAGUUUACUUUUGACCGGGCAUUUGACAUCCAUUCGAAGCAGCAUGAAGUGUACCAUUCUGUGGUCGCCCCGUACAUCGAGGAAGUGCUGGCCGGGUUCAAUUGUACGGUUUUUGCUUACGGGCAAACGGGAACCGGAAAGACUUAUACCAUGGUGGGAGAAGAACAGCCCGAGUUGAGUUCCGGAUGGGACGAUGAUACCCAAACGGGAAUCAUUCCACGGGCGCUGAAUCAUCUUGAUGAGCUGAGGAUGACGGAGCUGGAGUUUUCGAUGCGCAUUUCGUAUCUGGAGCUGUAUAAUGAGGAACUGUGCGAUUUACUGUCCACCGACGAUACGGUCAAGAUUCGUAUCUACGACGAUGUCAAUAAGAAGGGGUCCGUGAUUGUGCAAGGUCUGGAGGAAAUUCCGGUCCACAGCAAGGACGAUGUCUACAAACUGUUGGCAAAGGGUCAGGAACGUCGCCGGACGGCAUCCACCUUGAUGAAUGCGCAAUCGUCCCGGUCGCACACAAUCUUCUCGAUCAUCGUGCAUAUCAAAGAGAACGGCAUGGAUGGCGAGGAGCUGCUCAAAAUCGGCAAACUGAAUCUGGUCGAUUUGGCCGGAAGUGAAAACAUCACCAAAGCCGGCAACGAGAAAGGAAUCCGGACCCGCGAAUCGGUCAACAUCAAUCAGUCGCUGUUGACGCUGGGAAGGGUGAUCACUGCCUUGGUCGAAAGGACACCGCACGUGCCUUAUCGGGAGUCGAAGUUGACCCGAUUGCUGCAGGAAUCGUUGGGAGGUCGAACCAAAACGUCGAUCAUUGCGACUGUUUCGCCCGGACAUAAAGACUUUGAGGAGACGAUGAGCACUCUGGAGUAUGCUCACCGGGCAAAGAACAUCCAGAACAAGCCGGAGGCCAAUCAGAAGCUUUCGAAGAAAACGGUCAUCAAAGAAUAUACGGAAGAGAUUGAUCGUCUGAAGCGAGAGCUGUUGGCCACGAGAGACAAGAAUGGAAUCUACCUGCCAGAGGAGACCUACAACGAGAUGGUGUACAAGUCGGAAUCGACCACGAAGGAACUGAACGAUAAGGUGGUACUGAUUAAGGUGUUGAAGGAAGACUUGGCCAAGAAGGAGGCGAUCUUCAAGGAAGUUAGCUUGAAUCUGGUGGAGAAGGAGGAGAUGCUGCGCCGUACGGAGGACACGCUGUGCCACACGAAGCACGAGUUGACCACGACCAAGCGCUUCCUGCACAAAACCAAGCGCCGUUAUGCCGAGAAGAAGGUCGUUCUGGAUCGACACAUCAAAACCGAGGAAGCGCUGACCAACCAGGCGAAGGAGCUGAUCGAAGUGGUUGAAACGGUCCAGCAGGAUACGAAUGGCUUACAUGACACGAUCGACAGGAGAAAAGAGACGGAUCAAAAGAACCAAACGGUUUGCGAACAGUUUGUUGAUCAGCUGAAAAAUCGCAUGAAAGCAAUGGAGGGCAAUGUGACCAAUCUCACCCAAAGCUGUCAUCAAAUUUCUUCUACGAUCGUCAGCGAUUGGGACAAAUAUCUCUCGAAACAGGACGCCCUCCAGCAGAAAGUGCGCGGGAAAAUAUCCGAACUAGAAUCCCUAUCCGCUAGCAUAACAUCAAAGAACUCCUCCUUGCUGACAUCUUUCCGCGAUGGCCACUCCCAGUGGAGUGCGGAGCAAAUGGCUUUAGCUAAAUCGUCCUCCGAUGCAAACGAACGAGCGUUGGAAUCGCUGCGCAUGACCAUCACGGCCAACGUCCAGGCACUGAAGAAAACGCUUGCCGAACAGGACGACCAACAGAAGGCGCUACUGCUGGCCACGUGGCAAGCAUGCAGGACAAGCGAAGAGCGCAACUUGCAGUUCUGUUCGUCCCUUAAAGGCAUCCUCCAAGACAUGAACCAACUGGUCGGUAGAUUCGGAGAAAGCCAAAGUCGAAUCGAGGACUUCGUCGUAUCGUCAAAGAAAGCCCACGAAGGGCGGAUGGCCCUUCUGAUGUCGAUGUGCGAAGAGAUUCGCGCCGAGCAAGCCUGUUUGGACCGACUUCGGGAAGUCGGUCAAGAGGUUGGCCAAACGAAGACUUCCGUCGAGGAGAUUAUCGAAAACGCCAGAGUCGUAGUCGACAAGAAUGUCGAAGCUUCCCGAGUAGACCUCGACCAGUUAGAACGUAACACACAGCAAGUGGACGAGAUUCGUCAGGAGCAUAAGGCAAUCAUUGAAGGUCGUCUACAAAACAACGUUCUCGUUCCGGUAGAAUCGUCCUGCGGACAGAUGAAGGAAGCAAUCAAUCAGCAAACCACCGUACUUCGAAGCUUCGCAGAAGCUUCCAACGAGCGAUGGUCGCAGUUCGUGUCCGAUUUCGAGCAGCACCAGUCGAAAUCCACCGCCACUCACUCCGCCCAGACACUUGCCCUACAGGACAAAAUAAACUCCGAAGCGGUCACGCAGUCCGAGUUCCGCCACACAACGAUUGCGCUGAACAAGCAACUGCAGAGAAACAUCACCUCCUACCAGAAGCAAACCAACGCCAAUCUGGGUGAACUGACCGAGCAAGUGGAUCGGUUCCAUCGGGAGGAACUGACGCUGUAUCAACCCACGGGCCAAACUCCGGUCCGGAAGAACGUCAACUAUCCGAAGGAUAUUCCGAUGACGUCACCACACGACAGGAUAAUCCGGCGGUUCUGGCGCGAGCGGGGCAUGGCCGAACUGGAUCUUUCCACGACGAUCACGGAGGAUAACGAGGAUGUGAGUCUACUAUGUUCCAGCCUGAAUAACGACGAAAUUCGAAACUCUACACCCCUUCGAAGUAAUGUGCUCGAUGAAGACCGAAAACACUUCAAGGAUCUACAAAUCUCCAACAUUCUACCCAAGGACGCCACCAACUUGGAUUGUGAAGACAAUAAGGAAAACAUGGAAACCAUCACCGAGGUGGCUUGAGAGAAAGAGAGAGUGUCCUCCGUUUACGACGGACCGUACAAAACUGAAGGUAUUUGCACAAAAUGCAUUUCUUCCGCUCGCUACAAAAUAGCUAUGCUUUGUCUCUAGAUAUAUGUAUUUGUAUUUUAUGUGUCCUAUGACCUCUUUAAACCGACGACGUGUACGUACCAUAUUCCUUCGACUAACGCGUAUGCAAGGCAAAAAAAUGCAGAAUCGUACAAGAGUGAACCUGAUCUAUGAUUGUUGUACAUUAUUCCACUAGUUUAUUUAAGACUAUUUUCUUUUAAUAUAAAAUGGUAAUUUUUCAGAG